AUGUUGCAGGAAGAGCUGGCACAGAAUCUGCCAUGGGCAUGGCAGAGGAUGCUGAGCAAGGACACCGAGGCAUACCAGAGGCCACUGGUGACCAGCAGCUCCAGUGCCCAGUGGGUGGACUACGAGUCUGCAGAGCAGGUGUCUCUGGAUGCCAGUGUGGUCCUCACCGUCCACGGAGGGCUUCAAUUUUUGGGAACCUUGAUGGACCCUGCUUGGCACAUGGCCAUGCCUGGGUUGCCCCAGAUUGUCUCUGAGGCUGGAGAUGAUCACAAAGACCAGAUUUUGUAUGACACUCAGACUCUGACUACAGCAGGAGAUAGAUUGGAGGGCGGGCCAAGAAGGGGUGGAGCCUACAGAACAAAGGAGAAUGGGGAGCCCCAGGGGCCCAGGCCAGACAUCAAAAAGGCUCUGCAGAGCAAACCGACCACAGCACUGUCUGCCUCUAACCCAGCAGUCCAUCAGACAACCGCGUCGCCUUGGCCUUUCUACUUGCCCACAGCCGGGCAAGUAAGCAGCACUCUGUUUAAGGCCUUGUUUUCCAGCGUGAUUGCGUCAACACUGCUCUGUGGGUUUCUCUAUUUGGCUUGGGUUGUAGCUGCAGUUCCAGAGGAGAGCAGAGACAUGGCAGCAAGAGGAGCAAGGAGCCAGGGAAGCCGCCGGGAACAUGCCUUCGUCCCAGAGGCUUUUGAUGGCACCAACUUCACCCCACAACUCUGGCUGCACCGCUUCGAGGUCAUGAACACCCUCAGCAACUGGGACUCUGUCACCAAGCUGAGGUUCCUGAAAGAAUCUCUGAGGGGAAAUGCCAGGGAGGUGUACAGAGGACUCAAUCCUGAAGACCAGGGAAACUAUGAAGUUGUGAAAGAGACCCUGUUGAAGACCUUCGGGGGCCCUUGCAGCCACCAGCCCAGAGAGAUCGUCUUUGCCAACAGCAUGGGUAAGGGCUACUACCUCAAGGGGAAAAUUGGCAAAGUGCCCGUGAGAUUCCUGGUGGACUCUGGAGCCCAGGUUUCCGUGGUCCACCCAAACCUGUGGGAAGAAGUCACUGAUGGCGAUUUGGACACCUUGAGGCCCUUCGAGAAUGUGGUUAAAGUGGCCAAUGGUGCUGAAAUGAAGAUCCUGGGUGUCUGGGAUACAGUGAUGUCCCUGGGCAAGCUGAAGCUGAAGGCAGAGUUCCUAGUGGCCAACGCAAGUGCCGAAGAGGCCAUCAUCGGAACUGAUGUGCUCCAGGACCACAAUGCUGUCCUGGACUUCGAGCAUCGCACAUGUACCCUGAAAGGAAAGAAGUUCCGCCUUCUGCCAGUCGGGGGAUCCCUGGAAGAUGAGUUUGACCUGGAGCUCAUAGAGGAGGAACCCUCCUCACAGGAGGAUGGCGAGCAGCUGUCCUAUUGA